GCAACACUCUCAGUACGACUCUAGUCGCUUUGCCGGUUGUAGCGGGCGCGUACAACGUCGCCGGCACCACGGAGAGGGCGAGAGAGGAAACACGAAGACAUAUUCAAAUCUGUUAGACAUGUGGACCAAGUGAAUGCAGUGUUCAGUGACGUAACAAGUGCAAUUUGAGAAUACACUAGUGACGAACGAACGAUGGAUGCCAAAAGCUCGAUUUCAUCACACAACUGGCAUAUACCUCGGCCAUCACUAUCGAGUAAUGGUGGAAGCAUUAGCGAUUCGCGUUCCCGAGGCGGCUCCGCCUCCAGCCAAGGCUCAUCAAGUAAUCACAGCACUCACAGCGUGUCUUCGGGAUCGAUGUUGUUAAGUGCAGCGCACUUAGAGCGCAUGAGCUGUAGAAAUCCAGUUCAAGAGAAUUACGGAUGCUACCAAAAUAGGACUAUAAAUUCUGUUAAAAAACCUACAACUGCUAAUGCGGUUAUGUCAAUUCCCGAGGAGACGGCCGUUCAGGCACAUGAUAAUUUUUGGAAUGACGUCAAACGUGGCUCUGAUGUAGGACAAGACGCAACGUCUGUUGCAAGCUCAACUCAUUUCACAGUAGUAAAUGGGUUCACGAAGCACCGUCCAGCCAAGGAGCCAAAGACCUGCUGUUGUGAUCAUUCACAUCAGAUAACCGUGCUCGUUAUCUCGAUGACCAUACUGUUCUCGGCCUGCAUUCUCGCCGCUAUAUGCUUUGUUGAAAUGCGAAUGCGCAGGGAGACUGGCAUGUAUAAAUACUCUUAGAAGGUCGGAACAAGAGGCAAGAAGAAUAACAUACGACACGACACUAAUACAAAUAAUAAUUUUAGUCUUAUAAGAAAAUGUAGUCCAAUUUUGUUCCAUUUUAUACAGUAUAGAAAAACUUUGUAGUUUGUAAGAAUAUCGAUAGUAUCGAUAUAUAUAUCGGUAGUUAGAAUUUUUUACGUACACUUGAAAUUUUAAAGUACCAUAAUAUUCAAUUUGACGGUAAUCAAAAAUUUUGUGACACAUUUUUGAGAUAUUAAGAAAAAAAAAAUUAUUAAUUUAAAUACAUCGAAAGUUUUGUCCGUUCCAUUAUUUAGUAUAAAUGUUUAGUUUCUAUUAACGGUUAGCAUAUCCUUUAAAUAAUAAUUAAUAAGUGCAAUACAUUGUAAAAUUAAUUUAGGAUAAUUUAUUUAUUUUAAAUGGACAUAUCCUUGGCAGAACGCUCACAUAUUUAAGAUCUGUGAUUGUAUUAUAAUGAUUAUGUUCAUUUCAUGUACAUUACAGCGGUUACUAUUUGUCUAAGUGAUACUAGUGACUGUCAAUAAAGAAGGCUAAAUGUAAGUAGUCCAUAGUAUAUAAUAACUUAGUGUGCUUUGUAAAUAUGUGCAAUUAAAUAUAUUAUACGGACGUCUGUUUAUGUGUCCGAGUAUAUUAUUCGUAUAUUUUGUAACAUGUAAUAAAUGUAAACUAAUUGUAGUUGAAACUGUGAUAACCAAAAGAAAAUAUAAAUCUACUUUGUUUCACGUAUUGGAUCAUUAAAAAGGAUUAUAUGAAUUUAAUAAAUGAAGGCUUCUUGUAAAA